AACGGCGAAAACCCAAGUCUUUGAAAUGCAUGUUACUCUGUUGCUUAACUUAAUGGCGAUAUCGAAGGCAGCACAGCGUUUGACUUUUGGAACCUUCGGGACAUGUCCCAGUUCAAGGCUUCAACUUUCUCCCUCCUUGAAUCGCGUUCUCUGUUACUUCUUCCUAUGGUUUCAGCUUCAAGUUUCGUUGGAACCCCUUUGCGUGUUCUCUAAAAAGCUUCAACCCACGUCUUCUGCAUAUGAGAUUGUAUGCCAUAAUCCGGAGGAAUCAGAUAUAAGCUCUUCCAAUGGUGAAAGAGAUGGCAGAGUAUUCGAGAUUCUAAGUGCUCUAAACAAGCAAGGAAACAGGACAAACAGCAAUUUUGCGGCAAAUGCUGAGCAUGGUACCUUGACUGACAGGUUUUUUAGAGGGAAUAAAGCAGCAGCUGGUGAUAGUGUAAACCUACCAGCCGAUGGGGAUAAAAAGCGUGACCAUGGAUCUGCAGGAAGACAUGGACCUCUUGUGUCUGGAACAGCUUACUGCAUUUCUUCUUGCAGCAUGAUAUUGCUGAACAAAGUUGUUCUCUCCGGUUAUAAUUUCAAUGCAGGAAUAUCAUUGAUGUUUUAUCAAAAUCUGAUUGCUUGUCUAGUUGUUGCCAUACUGAGUCUCUUCAGAGCUGUUACAGUGGAAAGGCUUAAUUGGAAGUUGAUUAAGGUCUGGAUCCCUGUUAAUGUAAUCUUUGUGGGCAUGCUUGUGUCAGGCAUGUAUAGUUUGAAAUUCAUAAAUAUUGCAAUGGUGACAAUUUUAAAGAAUGUGACAAAUAUCAUAACAGCAAUUGGAGAAUUAUAUGUUUUCCGGAAACGUCAGAACCAGAAAGUGUGGAUUGCCAUGUUUAUGAUGAUUAUCUCUGCUGUUAGUGGCGGUAUCACAGAUCUCCAAUUUGAUCCAGUGGGUUAUGCUUGGCAGAUUAUAAAUUGUGUCUUAACUGCAAGCUACUCGCUUGCCUUGCGGCAUGUUAUGGACAAAGCAAAGCAGUUGACAAGAUCAGGAUCACUCAAUGAAGUCUCCAUGGUCUUGCUGAAUAACUUGUUAUCUCUCCCUUUUGCUAUAUUCUUGAUAUUCCUUUUUGAUGAAUGGAAAUACGUAAUAAAUGUCGAUGUAAUUCAAUUGCCAAUGUUUUGGGUUGUUGCGACAGCUAGUGGCUUGCUUGGACUUGCCAUUAGCUUCACCUCUAUUUGGUUUUUGCAUCAAACCGGGCCAACCACUUAUAGCCUGGUAGGUUCCUUGAACAAGAUUCCAAUUUCAGUUGCCGGUCUGGUUCUCUUCAAUGUUCCACUCAGUCUAACAAAUAUGUUCAGCAUAACAUUUGGUUUAUUUGCAGGAAUUCUCUUUGCAAGAGCCAAAAUGUCAUCAUGAUUCCAGAAUUUGACUUUGUACGAAAUGAAAUCAACUAAACAUACAUGACUGGAGGUCGGAUGGUCUCUUGUCCAAUGAUAUCUUGUUUUAACUCACAUCAGCUCUUAGACUUCAAAGAAGCAGAAGCUUUCCCAGAGAAAUUCAGAAAAAAUUGAGAAGGCUUUACAGUUUCUGAGAGAACAGAUUUUGAUUGUCAACAUAUUACUAUACCAGUCUUUGAACCAUGAGGUCGAAUGCAUAAGUUGCAUUUGCUGAAAAUGAACAGACGAGAAUUGU